UUUGUUUAUGAGAUACUAAUGUAUGAUGAGUGUGCGCAAGCUGCGUAAAACCGUUAAUUAGAUGAUUACCGCGCUGGUAAACACAGGUAACGAGGCUAACAUCAGAACACGUUGUCUGACUGCUUCUCUUUGUCAGCCUGCGCAGAUGCCGUGUCACAAUCAGGAAAUGAACGGUGUAAACAGUGGCCAGGAUCACCCAGUUAAACAAGUGCGGUUUGCGAACAACGGCAGCAACAACAAUGUUCCCGCAGUGCUGACAACCGCUGAUGAACCGAGUGAUGUCAGCCCACAGCUGAGUCAAGAGGACCUGGGACCUCAGCUCAAACUGCUCCCUCUCAACGACCAGAUCCGUGAAUUACAGACUAUUAUUAGAGACAAGACAACCAGCAGAGGAGAUUUUGUCUUUUGUGCUGAUCGACUGAUCAGACUUGUAGUAGAAGAGGGCUUGAACCAGCUCCCCUACUCAGAGUGCACUGUGACCACACCAACAGGAUACAAGUAUGAAGGCGUCAAGUUUGAAAGAGGCAACUGUGGAGUCAGCAUUAUGAGGAGUGGUGAGGCCAUGGAGCAGGGACUCAGGGACUGCUGCCGCUCCAUCCGCAUUGGCAAGAUCCUCAUCCAGAGUGACGAAGAGACACAGAGGGCUAAAGUGUACUACGCCAAGUUCCCUCCGGACGUGUACAGAAGAAAAGUGCUGCUCAUGUAUCCCAUCCUCAGUACUGGAAACACAGUGAUCGAGGCGGUGAGAGUGCUGAUAGAGCACGGAGUUCAGCCCAAGCACAUUAUUCUCCUCAGUCUCUUCUCCACACCUCACGGAGCCAAGUCUAUAGUUCAAGAGUUCCCAGACAUCACCAUCUUGACCACAGAAGUUCACCAAGUGGCUCCGACACAUUUCGGACAGCGGUACUUUGGGACCGAUUGAGAGCAAUCAGAAGGAGGUGACUGAAGUUUCGUUUUUUUUUUUAAAGUAUAUUUUGUCGUUUUAUUUAAGUGCUGAUUGCGUUGAUUCCUUGUUGUGCCAAAAUAUUGCAUCUUUUAGCUACAAACUUUUUCCAGACUAACACAGUAUACAUACCCUGAUUGUAUUUGGAACUUUACGUUUUUCACUCGUAUGAAGAAAUAUUCCAAAACCAUAUGGGAGGUCUGUACUCUCUGGCAUUUUUAUUUUGCAUGUUACAACAAGUGUAGGAUCAAUAAAGAAUUUGUAUUUAACAGGCAGAA